UCCGUGCCGAACUGCCGACCAUUGAUAAAAAGAAGUGCACGAGUGCGUUUCUGGUGCUGCUGUGAAAAUUAGGAAAAUUGUGAUUUUUCCGGUAAAUAAACAAGAGCCCUUGAAUUUCAACGAAUCGGGGGCGUUCAUUGAUUGUUCCAUCAGUAGAAUUUUAUAUUUUUCAGAAGAUGAGUAAACCCGAUUUGACACCGGUCGAGGACCUGAACGGUCUAGUUUCCGGCGACAAUGGGAACCCCCCAGUCGGGCAACCGAACCAGAUACGCCCGAUUCGUGUGGCGAAGAAAUCGAUCAGCAAACAGGACGCUAUGCCGAUCGAGGAAGCCCUCAAAACCGAACUGACCGGAACGAACAAUAUGAAGACCCCCAUUUCGGUUCUGCAGGAGCUGCUGAGCCGUCGCGGAAUCACCCCUCAGUAUGACUUGAUACAGGUCGAGGGAGCGGUCCAUGAGCCAACGUUCCGCUAUCGUGUGUCGUAUCAGGAUAAGGACGCCAUGGGAACUGGCAAAUCCAAAAAGGAAGCGAAACAUGCCGCUGCCAAAGCGUUGAUUGACAAGUUGGCUGGUAAUGCUUUUGGAGACUCCACUACCACCGGGCUGAAUAUCAAGGCUGAAGCCGGCGUUGAUGGCGAUGACGAACCGGCUGGAAAUCCUAUCGGAUGGCUCCAAGAAAUGUGCAUGGCUCGCCGCUGGCCUCCACCAACCUACGAAACGGAAAUGGAAGUCGGUCUUCCGCACGAGCGCCAGUUCACCAUCGCGUGUGCCGUGCUCAAGUAUCGGGAAGUGGGUAAAGGCAAGAGCAAGAAGAUUGCCAAACGCCAGGCCGCCCAGCGUAUGUGGCAGAGACUGCAGGAUCAACCGCUGGAGCCGAAUCAAAUCAUCCAGAUGUUGGAUGAGGAGGGCAAUGAAGAGCUGAAGGCGGCAAGCAUAUCCGGGCGGUUCGCUGGACUAAAGGAUGCUCGUAUUCCGAGCCUCACAACUGGCCACGGCCAAAAAGUGUCCCAAUUUCACAAGGCUCUGAAAGCACGCAGCGGCGAAUCGCUGCGUCAACUCCAGUUCACUUGUUUGGCGGACAGGUCGAUUGACUUUGUGCAAAUGCUGCACGAAAUUGCAUCCGAGCAGCGGUUCGAGGUCACUUACGUUGACAUUGACGAGAAGACACUGACCGAUCGCUUCCAGUGUUUGGUGCAACUGUCUACACUACCGGUUGCCGUUUGCCAUGGCAGUGGCAACACGGCCAAAGAGGCGCAAACUGCAGCCGCACGCAACUCGCUAGAAUAUCUGAAGAUCAUGACCAAGACCUAAAGCGGCGGGAUAAGGCAUUGAUGCAGCAAAGCGCAGUUGAUAAACUUGACUUCUCGCAAUGGUAGUAAAAGGGAGUACAUAAAUCGUGAUGAAACCAAACCCUACAUAAAAUAUUUGAAAAGCUCAUUUGGCCACUUUUGAAUCCGCGUGGCUUAACAAUUCGCGAGAAGUGAGUUAUAUUCGACACCCGUCGACAUCCGAUGGGCCGAGACCUCUACAACACGUUUAUAGCGCGUAAUGCGGGAACAAUUCCAACAUGUGAAACAUCUUCCUCUCGCACAAUGUAGGGUUGGACGCGCAAAGAUUGAACGCUAUCGUGCGUUGAUAUUUCUUGAAACAAACACAUUUUUACUCUAGGUAUUUGUCAACAUCUAUCUAUUUUUAUUAUUUAGACGUUCUUCUGCUUCUAUGUUCACGCCAGGAAAAAAAUGGCGCAGGUGUUUGUACCUAUUGGUCUUACAGUAACGGUAAAUUGUGUUUCUAUAUUAUUUUUGCUUGUUUGGACUAUUCACAUUUUAUUUUAUUAGGUAUAAGAUUCUAAAGAUUUCUUUCCUCUACUGUAUUGUGUAAACUCGAACAAAAAUUAUAAACCAGAUUAACUAAAUACAUAAAUAACUAGUAUCGCUAUUCAACAUUUAAUCGAUGAAUGCAAAUUUAAGUAAAACUACACUUAGCUACGCUCAUUAAAAAAACAAAACGGAUUGUGGAUAACAGAACACUUGAGGAAAUGAAAUAUUCUAGUAGUAUCAUUGCAAACAUUAUGCUAGAAUAAAGCAACUUCCCUCAAUUGUGAAUCAGACAACAACACACAGAAAUGGUUAUUGCUGCUUAUGUAUACAAACAAAGAACUCAAGCAAACCUUUCGAGUUAUUUAUGUGUAUAGUGUAAUACGAACUUGGCAUAAUAAUAAAGGUAUCAUAAUCGCUGAAUCUUGGAUCAAACAAAGAAAAA